CACAUACCUACACCCCUCUUCCACUGACUCCUUUCCCUUCUACCAUUCAACUUGCCUUCUCGCCAACCAACCUUUGAUCAUUCUUAUCACCUUCUAUUCUCUUUCCCCUACAGCUAGACCUCAACGCUGGUAUCGUGAGUUCGGCAUGAUUUUGGGACUCUUCUCUCCAUCUUAACUUGACAACCUCAUAUUCUAAACACACAGUACAACAUGGACAUGAAAGAUGCGACCAAGCCAUCUAUCGACAUGCCCUCUGAUCUACCUCCUCGAAAAGCGGGCCCUAAGGAUGAGUGGGAGGACUGGGACGAGAACACAGGGACGAGGGUAGUGGCAGGAGAUGAAGACGGGCUCCUGAUUGAUUUCUCCAACGACACAGUACAAAAAUCCCGUAAAUCUACAACUACGCCAGCUGGCAGAAGCAGCGCGGCACGAGAUGCAGUCCAGAAGCCUCCCCUCCGGGUCAGAUCCAGAGCUAGACAGAGGGCUCAGAACGCGAGGGCAGGCAUCAAACUAGUAACUGAUAUGACCAAGUUUCGCCGGUCAGCGACAGCUGCGCAUAAGCGGUCGGGCAGCCACAGCAAUGUGAGGGCGAAAUAUGUCGAUGCCGCAGCACUCCACGCAUUAGAGGGCGAGCCCUCGUCAGCCUCGAUAGGUAGCUUCUCAUGGCUCAAGCAGAAGCCCGGGAACAUGAACGCCGCUUCGAACCCAAUCCUUAAACCUGCACGUCCUGCCUCUUCGGAUCUGUCCCCGGACGCCCGACCAAUCGUCAUUGGCAUCUCGGUUCCUUCCGACAACUUAUCCGAACACCAAGUUAGUCCCUAUACCGCAGUAAUUGAGACACCAAUCGGCUUCUACAGGUCCUCUCGAAAUCCUUCUGCGGGGGGCGGGAACGCUACGAUACCCGCACCGCUACGCUCGGUGUGGUCCCCGGAUACGGAAGCAAGCGAGUCCCCGUACCGCAGCCCUAAAAUCCGCUCCAGUGUCAUAUCUUUGCAGCCGAGUACGCCCGGCCUUGAUGCCGAUGCGCCCCCUGUGCCUGCGUUGCCGGCGGUCCUGAAUUCCAAGCAGAAGCAGGCCGAGCGGAUCGAGGAUCUGGACGACGAUGAUAUCGGAACGCCAUGCACCCUCUUUGAGGAGGAUGGCAGCCCCAUGGCGACUCGUAAGUCAGCCAAACCAAUUCCGGCAGCAGUACCGAGCCCUGCAAGCGCCAGCAGCCAGGCCCAUGGCUGGUGGGACCAUGUUACGACUCCAUUCCUGCAACAAUCUAGCCCCCUCGAACACCGAGGACAAGAGACAGAGGCCAAUUCUCCGGAGCAAUGGAACCCAUUCAGGACGCAGGCACGAGAAGCAGAGCCUAGCGCCUCGUCGUCUCAACCGUCUCGUCGGGAAUUGUGGGCAGGAGCCGACGAGAAGGGUGAAUCCUCGAAGUCGGCGGGAUUGACCAUAGCUAGUGCAUCAGCGGCUACCCAUGGGCAACAACCCGUAGCCGAAUUGGCCAGGUCCUCAUCUGCGGCGACUUCGUCAACCGGUGUUGAGACACAUUCCGAGAAGGCCAGAAUCCUCGCCGAAGAGAACCAGACGCCAAGCGAGGAGCCGCCGCCGUAUUCCCCUCCCAAAUCGGGAAAAAUCGCUAAAUAUACCGUAAUAUUACCACCCUCAGAAUCGCUCGGCCCCCAGCCCGUCCCGUCCCCCGGCCCAGUAACUCCGGGUUUGCCAGGGACAAUGACGGCUCGAGGCGCUAUCAACAUGUCGGAUAUACCUCUGACGCCGCCCGCAGAUCGACCUACUCAACCCGCAGUGGCACUCCCCGACCGUGCGCCUGGUUCGUAUAGGCCCGGCGAUCACUUUUACGAAGCGCGAGGAGUCGAUAACCGGGUCGAGAGGCAGCGGCGCCGCCACGAAAAGGAGGAGGUAGUCGCUAGGAAGGCCGGCGGCUUGUGGAGGGGUCGCGGCUGUAUUCCCGAAGGUGGAUGCUUCGGACGUAGUGGCCGGGAGGGCAGGAAGCGGAGACGUAUCUGUCUGGCAAUCAUCGGCGGUAUACUCGCCGCUAUUAUCCUCGCUGUUGUCCUCGCUGUCGUUCUUACGCGCCGAAGACCGGAAGACCCGAUCCCCUCAAUUUGGGUCAACCUGACAGACUUUCCGCCGAUGCCCACCGGUGUCCUGACGGUCGUCGGACCGGACAACAUCGAGGCGAGGUCCGGGUGCCUAGUGGCGACGGCGCAGACGGCUUGGUCAUGCUCGCUGCCGAAGGAAAAACACGACUCGGUGGCGCCACGCGCGCCCAACCAGCCCACCUUCAUCUUCCAGAUUCAGUACGAUAAUAGCACGCGGGCAUUGUGGAACAUCCCAAACGAUGACGGGACCAGUAAUAUAACGGAUACGGGAUUCACGCCCGACCCGGCGCCGCCCUUGAUCACGGAUAUACGAUUUAUGGGUAACACAACGGACCACAUCGAGGCGGACGACAAGGCGGGGGAGCCGACACCCUUCUUCAUCAGCCUGCUGCCGACGGUCGACGAGACAGUCGGCCCAAACCACGCGCUCAACCGCCGUCAGGGCAUUAACAACGCGAUCCCCAACAGCGACGACAGUGACGACAACGGCGGCCCGCUGGCCACAAGCCUGUCGGACCGGCUACCACCACCGUCUGUUAACGGCGACGGCACGGGGGCGCCGGCGCGUAUGUUUCCGCUGCCCCGGCAGCAGCCGGCGCGGUUGUUCGACCGCGGGCUGCCGACGGAGCACUACGGGUUCUACACGUACUUUGACAAGACGAUCUACCUACGAAGCAGCGUGAACGCGACCGCGGAGGAUGGCGAUGGCGGAGCAGCGCUCACGGAGGCUCGAGAGGUCGUGACGUUCGCGGAGACGCGGUUCCUCGUGCAGAUCUGGACGCGGAUGGAGAACACGACGCAGCUCCUCGGCGGCAACGGCGGAUCGCCCCUACCCGUGUUUCCCGAGAGCGAGGACAGCUUUACGACGGCGAAGACUCCAGGGACGAUGCCGUACCCGAUAACCGUGACCGAGGACAUGCACGGCGGCGACCCAGCGAAGAAGAUCAAUUACCGGUUCGGUGUGACGUCGAGCGGAGAGAUCAACCCCGACGACGCGAAGCUCGUGCUUGUCGAUCUCAAGUUCGCGGGGACGCUCGUCAACGGCCGUAACAACGAGCCUGACCUGUCACUCGGCGGGAUCGACGGCGGCACCGGCGGCUGCAACUGCGUCUGGGUUAACUUCAAGGGCUUCCAGAAGGUCUCCUCCACGUGAUUCCCCCCCCUUUCGACCCAAUGCUACGCCCGAUUUCUGAUUCUGUUCUUUCCGCCCCGGCGCGACAGGGGUGCUCUCCCCAGGGGGGAGCCGGAGAAAGCACCUUU